AUGAACAACCAGAAUCAAAUGGGCCAACCGCCUAGCUACACCUAUAAUUCUGUAGCUGGGCGGCCAACCAGCCCCAUGCCCCCCGCUGGUGGGCAACAAAUGCCGCACCCGCUCAAUACCAACAUUCCUUAUCCCGGGCAACAAACCCUGGGCGCUCCGCCCGUCUAUGGCAUGCAGCAACAGCAGCCUGUUGGGAUGGGUCGGGGAUUGCCAACGGGGCCUGCCCCGUACGGGCUCCGAACGAACCCCGCUCACGAAGUCGAGGGUGCGGGGCGGAGCAAGGCUUCGCUUAUUGUAGGAAUUGAUUUUGGUACAACUUUUUCUGGUGUCGCAUUCGCUUUUGCGACCAACAAUGAGGCGCGAGAGGAUAUUAUCACUGAAUGGCCUGGAGCUGGUACUCACACAAAACAGAAGAUCCCCACUGUUUUGUACUAUGAUCAAUACCAGGAGGUGGUAGGAUGGGGUCCCGACAUCGCGAAUGCGCUGGCCCCAACCGGUUAUCCGAAGCAAGGAGUGCAGAAGGUCGAAUGGUUCAAGCUCCAGCUUAUGCUUUCGGGUAACACAUACAUCGACCCCAUCAACCUGCCGCCGCUCCCACCAGGCAAGUCGGAGAUUGAUGUUGCGGCCGACUACCUCUUCAAGUUACGUCAGGCGAUGCGCGCCCAGUUACAAAAGACACUCGGUGAGGUGUUCACAAGAGAGGAACGUAACAUCAAGUACUACCUUACGGUGCCCGCGAUCUGGAACGAUGCAGGGAAGGCGGCGACCCGCGCGGCGGCUCUGCAAGCUGGAUUCUUGCGAGACGAGAACGACAACCGCCUGACGUUAAUCUCAGAACCGGAAGCCGCUGCACUGUUCUGUGCCAAGACCGGUCUGUUGAACCUCAAGGUCGGUGAUGCGAUCUUGAUUGUCGACUGUGGUGGAGGUACGGUAGAUUUGAUCGCAUACGAAGUUGAGGAAGAGCAGCCAUUCAGCGUAGCUGAGUGCACUGCCGGGUCUGGAGACUCGUGCGGUUCGACAGCCCUCAACCGCAAUUUCAGUAAUAUCCUGCGUGCGAAGAUCAGAAAAAUGAAACUUCCUGAUGGAUCGCGGACGGCUGGAAAGGUGUACGCCAAGUGUAUCAUGGACUUUGAGAACCGUAUUAAGGCCGACUUCCGGAACAACGGUCAGAAAUGGGCGGUAGACGUCGGUAUCGAAGCGGACUUCCCUGAUGCUGGAAUCGAAGAGGGUUACAUGACCUUCACCAAUGAGGAGAUUCUCCAGUGUUUCGAGCCUGUCGUCAACCGCAUCCUUGAGUUGGUUCGUAACCAGAUCAUCGCUAUUCAAGCGCAAAACCGGAAUUUGCAGAAUGUGCUCGUCGUCGGUGGAUUCGGCGCCUCGGAGUAUCUCUUUCAACAAAUCAAGCUGCACGUACCUCCUCAGUAUCAGUCCAAGGUUGUCCGACCCAUGGACUCCGUCGCUGCGAUUGUAAAGGGUGCCGUGACUGCGGGUAUCACAGAGCGAGUUAUCACUCACCGUGUUGCGCGUCGGCACUACCUGAUGGCCACACUCCAGCCUUUCAAGGAAGGCUACCACCCCGAACAAUACCGUGUUCCCAGUCUUGAUGGCCGUGACCGCUGCAAGUACACCCGGCAAAUAUUCGUCCAGAAGGGAGAGCGGGUCAAAAUUGGCGAGCCCGUCAAAGUUAGCUUCUUCCGUCAAGUUGCUCCGGGAGCAACUCUCAUGUAUGAGGAUAUCCUGUAUGCCUGUGAUGAGGACGUGUGCCCUGAAUACACGAAGGAUCCACGUAUCAAGGAGGUCGUUACCCUGACGUCGGAUCUUUCUCGCAAGAACCUCGAGACCGACUUCGAGCGCAUGGACACACCUCAGGGCACUUUCUACCGUGUAUAUUUCGACAUUUAUCUGACACUUGACGGCAGUGAGUUCAGCGCUGAGUUAGUCUGCCAAGGCGAAGUUAUGGGACGAUGCCGUGCGAAGUUCAGAUAA